UUCCAUCUGAGAGGUUCCCAAUGUUGAACAUGUCCACCCCCAGCGAGCUGAAGUCAUCCUGCGUGACUCGCAACGGCAUGGUGAAGUUGCCCCCCAGCCAGCCCAAUGGUCUGGGCAGUGCGAGUAUCACCAAGGGGACACCUGCUGCCAAGAACCGUCUGUGCCAGUCCUCCUCGGUACCCUCCAUCCUGCCUCCUCCGCCAUCCUCCCUUCCCUACCACCUCCACCACCACCUGGAAGGCCCUGGCAUGCCCAACUCAGCAGCCUCUCUCUUGGGCUCUGACAUGGAGCAUGGAAAGCCUCUGGUGGGCUUGAAGUCGUCCCUUCGUCAGCUUCCCCCUCUCACUCUACCCAAACCCAUGCUGCUCGAGCGCCAGCAAGUCCUGGAUGAGAAGCUGCUCAACCGAUUGCUCUGGUACUUCACCACAGCUGAAAAAUGUGUACUGGCGCAGGUAUGCAAGACAUGGCGCAAGGUGCUGUACCAGCCCAAGUUCUGGGAGGCUGUGACACCCAUCUUGCAUGCCAAGGAGCUAUAUACCCUGCUGCCCAAUGGGGAGAAGGAGUUUGUCAGUCUGCAGGCCUUCGCCCUGCGUGGCUUCCAGUGUUUUUGCCUAGUGGGCGUCUCAGACCUGGACAUUUGUGAGUUCAUCGACAACUACCCGCUGUCCAAGAAAGGUGUUCGCUCAGUCAGUCUCAAGAGGUCCACCAUCACAGAUGCCGGUUUGGAGGUCAUGUUGGAGCAAAUGCAAGGCCUGAUGCACCUCGAACUGUCGGGCUGCAACGACUUCACUGAGGCUGGCCUGUGGUCCAGUCUGAACGCCCGGCUCACUUCCCUCAGCGUCAGCGACUGCAUCAAUGUGGCGGACGACGCCAUCGCUGCUAUCUCACAGCUCCUGCCCAACCUAUCGGAGUUGAGCCUGCAGGCCUACCACGUCACUGACACGGCCAUGGCCUACUUCACAGCCAAACAGGGCUACACCACCCACACUCUGCGGCUUCACUCAUGCUGGGAAAUCACAAAUCACGGUGUGGUCAACAUGGUGCACAGCCUCCCCAACCUGACUGCCCUCAGCCUCUCCGGCUGCUCCAAGAUCACAGACGAUGGUGUGGAGCUGGUAGCUGAGAACCUGCGUAAGCUCCGCAGCCUGGACCUGUCCUGGUGCCCUCGGAUCACUGACAUGGCCCUGGAGUACAUUGCCUGUGACCUGCAUAAACUGGAAGAACUGGUGUUGGACAGGUGUGUGCGGAUCACAGACACUGGGUUGGGCUACUUGUCCACCAUGUCAUCAUUAAGGAGCCUCUAUCUGCGCUGGUGCUGUCAGGUACAGGAUUUUGGUCUGCAGCAUUUGUUUGGAAUGAGGAGUCUUCGCCUACUGUCCCUAGCAGGUUGCCCCCUGCUGACCACCACCGGCUUGUCAGGCCUGAUCCAGCUGCAGGAGCUGGAGGAGCUGGAGCUGACCAAUUGCCCCGGAGCCACCGCCGAGCUCUUCAAAUAUUACUCGCAGCACCUGCCCCACUGCAUGGUCAUCGAGUAA